AUGGCGAGCGGGGCGCAGCGACGGAAGCGGAAGCGAGAGAGCGAGAAACGCGAGGCGUGGGUGCGAUUCGACGCCGCGGGCGGGGACCUGAGCGCGUACGAACGCUCGUUAGAGGAAGAUGCGACGGCGAAAAAGGCGCGCGCGGCGGCGGCGAGACGGGCGGCGGACGUGGAGGCGCUGAACGACGCGACGGGGUCGAGGGAGGCGGACGAACGAGGGCAAGAUCGCGAACGGGCGUCGUCGUCGCUGCUGCGGGACGCGGUCGGCGUGCGCGUGCGCGUUCGCAAGGACUCGGCGCACGCGCUGCGCGUGCUCUGCCGAGCGACGAGCGACGGCGACUGCUUCUUCGCGUGCGGGCAACCCCGAUCGUGGGGGAGACGAGGGAUCGAGGCCGUGGUGAACGCGCUCGGAUUUGGGGUUCUGGAGUACGACGAAAUCACGCUCAGUAAGGCGCCCGAGCUGGCGGCGUGCGUGAUUCGCUUGGACGCCGACGACGAAAACGCCUCCGUCAAGCGGAAGAAGAAGCGCGCGGGCGGUGUGGGAAGCGCCGUGGAGACAUUCUUGGCGCGAGCGGAGAAACUAGUCGAGCCCAUUCAAGCACCUGACGUGAGCGGGGACGAGAUCGAUCGCGACGGUGGUGGGCUCAACGCUUGGGUCGCCGCACACCGCCGCAAGCGUCCCGGCUCGGCGCAAGCCGUGACGGCGAGCAUCGACGCGUGGUUUGAGAAGAAGGAAGCCGAGGAAGCGGCGGCUGAGGAGGCUGCUAACGCGGUAAAGAGUGACGAUGGAUGGACAAAGGUAGAAGCGAAACGUGGACGCAGAAAGACGACGGAGGAGUCCACGGGAACAACCAUCGGAAGCAUACGCGCCGCCACCGCGGAUAGAAGGCGAAAGGAGCCAAAGAAAAUCGCCGGCGAACAGUUUUAUCGCUUUCAGAGCAAGGAAAAGAAGCGCAAUGAGAUUAUCGAGCUCCAAGCAAAGUUUGAGCAGGACAAGCAACGUAUCGCUCGUCUCAAGGCCGCGCGUAAGUUUAGACCGAUGUGA